AUGGGUCUCAAGUUCGCAGACGUUCCAAAUGGUCUCGCCGCCAUCUCGAAGGUACCUGCCGGAGGCUGGACCCAGAUCCUGCUGUACAUGGGUUGGUGCGAGGUGUCUCGCGGAGCAGGCUCCGACAUCGCCAGCGGCCGCCCUGGCGACUUCGGAUGGUACGUCCUAACCAGCGCGGACGCCGAGGAGAAGAAGAAAAAGUUGAACGCAGAGUUGGCAAACGGUCGCCUUGCGAUGAUGGCCAUCAUUGGCAUGUUCUACCAGGACGGCCUGACGGGCUCCGCCUGGGGUGACUGGGCCAACUACACGGAGUCCCCGCUCCGCGCGGCCCCGGACUUUACCCAGGAGCUGGGCGUCACGCCACCCCUGGGAUUCUUCGACCCGCUGGGCCUUAGCAAGUACGAUAACGAUGAGAUCGCCAAGCAGCAGUUCCGCCGAAGGCGGAUCGUCGAGCUGCAGCACGGCCGAGUGGCCAUGCUGGCAUGCAUCGGAUACAUUGUCCCUGAGUACGUUCGCUUCCCAGGAUUCUGCGCCCCUUCGCAGAACUUGGCCUUCACAGAUAUCCCCAACGGCCUGAAGGGCGCCGCAGCAGUGCCCCUGGCAGGAUGGCUCCAGAUCAUCACCUUCGUCGGCAUAAUCGAGGUGACCAACCUCCAGAGCAUUCAGACAGACAUCCUCGGCGACUAUGGCUACGGCGCGUUCGGCCUUCCGUUCGGCAAGAAGAUCGAGGAUGCCGAGAAGAAGGCAAAGAGCUUGAAUGCCGAGAUCAACAACGGAAGGCUGGCAAUGAUGGCCAUCAUCGGAAUGUUCUUCCAGGACGGCCUUACCGGGUCUGCCUGGGGCGACUGGGCCAACUACACCGACUCGCCCCUCCGCGCUGCUCCCGACUUCUCCGGGGAGCUUGGUGUGACUCCGCCCCUUGGAUUUUUCGAUCCCCUGGGCCUCAGCAAGUUCGACGACCCCGAG